AUGGACAUGGAACAAGCCCUUGAGGUUUUUGUCUAUGAUGGCAAAGCAGCUGUCCCCAAGGAAGCCACCAGCGUCAAAAUUGAUUCGUCUGUUAUCGAGAUCCCCUACGGGGCAUUCAAAGAUUGUAAGAAGAUCGAGAAGGUUGAUUUUAGCAAAGCAGAUAGUUUGAAAGUGAUCGGAGAAGACUCCUUCUAUUACUGUUCUGCUCUGAAAGGAGCAAAAUUUCCAAAGAAUCUCGAGGUCAUCUCGAAAGAGGCAUUCAAUGGAUGCUCGAAACUAGUGGACAUUGAUUUCAGCGAGGCUGAAUCGCUAUUAUCAAUUGGGUAUCACGCUUUCUUUAAAUGCACUUCUGUAAAGAAAGUUUCAUUCCCAAAGAAGCUUACUUCGGUUGCAACGCGAGCCUUUCGUUAUUGUGGUUUCACUCAUGUUGACAUGAGCCAGGCAGUAGGCUUGGAGCGAAUUGAGGAUAGCACAUUCUCCAGAUGUACGGACUUGAAGGAGAUCAAGUUGCCACCCUACUUGAAAGUUGUGUCAAAGACAGCGUUUCAACACUGUGGAUUUGAAGAAAUCGACUUUGGUGGUGAUCUCUCUCUUGCAAAAAUUGAAGAGGAGGCGUUCAUGAAUUGUGAGAAACUGAAAAGUGUGAAACUGAGUCCAAACCUUCAACUUGUUGCCAAGACAGCGUUCAAGAACUGCCACGCUUUGGAGUCCAUUGACUUUGGUCAAACUUCAGUGCUUCAGGUACUCGAGGAAGAAUGUCUGUCGCGAUGUUCUGCGCUUCGCAAAGUUACUCUUCCGCAACAUUUGGUCGUGAUUGGAAAAAGAACGUUUGAGUAUAGCGGCAUGAGGGAGCUUGAUUUUACUUCUGCAACCAGACUUGAAAUGAUUAGCGAAGAAUCAUUCCUGUGUUGUAGUUCUUUGUAUAAGGUCGUAUUCCCACUCAAUCUAAAGCUAUUGGCAAAGGGAGCGUUCCAAAGAUGCGCGAAGUUAUCAGAAAUAGACUUCUCCCUCGCAACCAAGCUUGCUGGAAUAGGAGAAGGUGCCUUUUCCCACAGUUAUGCGUUGAGAACUGUCAAGCUGUCUUCUAACUUGAGGACAAUCGAACAAGGGGCCUUCGAAGGCUGUGCGAAGCUUGCUGAAAUCGACUUUUUGGAAUCUAUCAACCUCCAGGCUAUCUCAAAGAGCGGAUUUUACCGUUGUGAAUCCCUUACAAGGGUCGCCUUUCCGUCCAACCUUUGGGUGAUUGGAAAGAGGGCCUUUGAGGGCUGUAGUGGACUGGAAUCGAUUGAUUUUUCGAAUGCAAAUGUUCUUCAAAGAGUCGGGGACUAUUCCUUUGCUGGUUGUGUGGCCUUGGAGGAAGUGAAAUUUCCACAAAGCCUGAACCUUAUAUCUGAGGGAGCUUUUCAGCGAUGUGAAGCGUUGGAGAUUACUGACUUUAGCAAUGCAGAAGCGCUCGAGAGAAUCGGAGCGUACGCUUUUGGUUACUGUUCCUCUUUGGAUGAGGUUACUUUUCCAUUCAGCCUGAAGGUUUGUGAACAAAAAGCUUACCUGCAGUGUGGAAAUCUCUCGUGCGUGAAAUUGGGUGCACCACUUGAGAGAAUUGGAGAAAUGGCAUUCUAUGGAUGCGAGUCGCUGCGGGAGAUCGAUGUAAUGUCCACUCCGGACAUUGGCGAAGAUGCGUUCAACUUUUCGGGCACCUUCGUGUAUAGCGAGAAUGGAAAGUGCCCAAAUGAUUUGAUUCAUCUGCGUGUCAAUCCAGAGGUUAAAGUAAUAGAGGAUCGUGGCGCUCAAGGGCGCAAGACUUUGCGUGAUAUUGACUUCUCAGCGGCUUUCCGAUUGUUCAGGAUUGGAAUUUCCUCCUUCGAUGCCUGUGAAAGCCUGAGAACGGUAGGGUUCCCGUCAUCAGUCAAAGAAAUCGCGCAAUGUGCAUUUCGAGGAUGUAUUCACCUUGAAGAUGUCGACUUCACUCAAGCUUUAUCUCUUGAAAUAAUCAAGGAGAAGGCGUUUUUUGGAUGCAAAUCUCUACGAGUCGUCCGAUUUCCAUCGAAUUUGAUUGUGAUUGGUGAUGGGGCCUAUAAAUUCUGCAAUCUACUGAACGAAGUCGAUUUCGGCGCAACUCGAACGCUCGAGACAAUUGGAAACGGUAGUUUUUCGGGCUGUGAGUCGUUGUCGACAAUCGUUGUGCCAGGAACGAUUACAUUCUUCGGCGACGAAGUUUUCGGCGACAAUCCAAGCUUAAAAUCUAUUGAUGUAGAUGGACAAAACCUAGCUCUCUCCAUCCGAAUUCAUCUACUGUACCGAACGCAAUCGGAAGGAACAAUAACGAAGGAAAGCUUGAUUUACCUCUAUUCCAUUGGACCUAUCAAGGAACGAGAGCUGUUAACGAACCAGGAAUCUGAACGAUCUAAGCUUCGAGAGACCAAAUCUGCUUACAUUCAAUCCGUCAUUUCUUCCUUCUGCAGCGAAGAGUUCUCGGUUCGUCGGCAGCAUGGUUGGGUUCAGUUCUUGGCGCACCAUCUUGAGGACGAAACUGAUGAUUUCCGCUCAUUAAUCGACUUCUUUCACAAAGCAGAUCUUGAAACUCUGCGAGUUCUUGCUAACUCAAAGGAUAGAGAUGGACGGGUCGCCUUGAAAUUUGCUACAUCAAGCAUUCGGGAAACCUUUGAAGAGAGGCUCCUCUUCCUCGGCCGCUACGACCUUGCGCAGGGUCCGCCCAUCCACAAAUCGUCCACCUGUCUUGUUCUGAAGGCUGAAGACUACAAAAUGCACCAGUAUUAUGGAUCCAUAUUUGACAAACACGGUACUCAUGCAACCUCGAUGCUUAGAAUUGAAGGCUUUUUCGCGGCUAUUCGUGAUCUCAUGCUUGUCUCACGAGAGGAUGUGAAUCAAGAUGGCUUGAGAAUGGCUGCAACGUAUUUCGCUCGAGCUGAUAUUGACAAGACUGGAGCCAUCGAUAGAAACGAAUUCAUCGCAUUUUGUCAAGAACAGCUUGGGCGGAAUGUUGCACUCAAGUUCAUGAGAAAAGACGAUCAGUUCCAGAGAGAGCUGGAGGGGAGAAUCGACCUGGACAACAAAUAUGUUGUGAAUAUUCUUCGGGCUCACGAUAGAAGUGAAGUACCAGAAGACUCCAUAUCUGGCUUCAUCGGUGAUUAUCUUGUCCUUGAUGAGUCAGUCGGCGGGUCAGAUGUGCACGAUGCACGAGAUUACUCUUGUAUCGUUGUAAUGCCUUAUGGCGAUCGCAAUCUAGACACCAUUUUCCGAAGCGAACGUCCUGAUACGGUCACCAUAAGAAAAUUGAUGAAAGAGGUUGGUGAGGGACUGGAACACCUGCACACCAAGCGGCUCGUCCAUGGUGAUCUUAAAAUGUCCAACAUCCUCCGAAUGAACUACCGCCUUUGUUUGAUCGACUUGGAUUCAUCUGCACGUAUCGAUGGUGACUUUGUUGGUGCAAAAUUCUCAUCUGGGGUGCUUCCUCCAGAGUUGAUUUACCGGCUCCAAAGCUUCGAUGAGAAAGAAAUGUUUGUCAAAUACUUCGAAAAAGAAUCAUCAGCGGAACGACAAAAACGCCAACCGCAAUUCACAACGACUCGGCCUUUUCAAGGAUUUGUUGUUCGAACCUUUUUGCAGAUGGAGGAUAUAAAAGAAGAGCAGAAUUUAAUCACUGGAAAAAUGGAAAAAAUCUGGAAUGCUGAACCUCUCAAGGAAGGACUUCCCUAUGACCUCGUCAUGGCAGAUCCUUCGCUUGACGUCUGGUCUUUUGGAGUUUUGCUGUAUAUGAUGUGUGCUGGUCAGUCUUUGUUUACCACCGAUAGAGAUGAUGAUAUUACAGAUGGAAACACAUUUCUAUUCCUUCAUGCUUGGGAAGAAACAGAUCUAAAGAAGGUUGUUGCAAGCAACGUUCGAGACAAUCUUGCAAAGGAUUUGUUGUCGCAACUUCUGAGAAAAAAUCCAUCUGAGCGACCAACCAUGAAAGAAGUGCUGAUGCAUGAAUUUUUUCACCCAGACAGACAUAAGGCUACAUCAGCCGAGAAGUCUAAUGGAGACUACACUGAAGAAUUUCGCUUGCUGCUGAAAGAAACCAGCGACAAAAUGUCCUUGGUUCAUACAUCCUUGGAAGAUAUAAGUGGCAAGGUUGAAGAUGUAAGAAGCACACAAGCGGUGCAACUCGAUGGGUUGGAAGCAGCAGCCAUGGAGCUGGCGGAACAGGGAGAGCAAACUCGUACCAUAGUUGAGAAGGAGUUUAAAUCAGUGAAGGUGGAAAUAGAGAGGACACAUGUUGGUCAAGCCAAAGCCGCAACGAUGGCAAAAAAUAUUCUCAAAGUUCAAGGAGUUCAAGUUUCAGAAACCGUGAAACUACAGGGGCAUUUCAACAACUACGAGGAGGAAACUACCAGAUUGACCACAAGAAUCAAUGGAAAGUUUGAAACAGGAAAGUCCCUCAAGCUAUUCAUUGAAAAAAAGUCCUAUCCAAGAUGUUUCAUUCUCCUGUCGAAAGAUGGCCUGUUCGAUCCUCGACAAUACAGCCAGACAGAUGGGCUUCUUUGUUGCCUCUGUCCUCUCACGAUGAAGCUUCCCCGUUCGAACGGGAAAGUGAUGGGCUACAAGGUGCAUUUCAAUGGCGAAUUUAUCAGACAUCUUGGUCCAAUCCUUUUACUUUCCUUGGCGAUUUUACAAGCCGAGUGUUCUGCUUACGGCGCUGAUUUUGAUUUUCCCUUGCGGGAGGAUCUGUUGCCCCAAGCAGCGUUCGAUGAAGCACGAUUUUUUUUGAUUGCAUCGAUGGGAGAGAGCGAUGGUUUUGAAAUCCUUGAGGACUAUCGAGAGCGCAUUAAGAAAUGCUAUGAUUCCAUUGGCAUCUAUUUAAAUGACAAGAGAUUUGCGCACUCGGGACUCGAAAUUGCUGCUUGUAUGGGUGAUGGCACUUUCGAGCUUCUUCAUCCAGAGGUCGUAUCCGUAUACCAACAAUAUGGACGAAGCUGUUUUGGAAUGACUCGUGCUGAUAUCCGUUGCAAAAUUGGGGAGAAAGAAAGUGAAACUGUGCAUUGUUGA